AUGCCUCCAAACCCAGCUCCUCUACCUGCGCCGACAGCUCAAGUGGGAUUGCAAGAAUGGCUGAAACUACUCACGGCCAGAGGAGUAGACAUGAGGAUAGCGAUGGGACUAGCGGCUAAGAUAUAUAAAUCACAUGGAACGAUAGAAAGACUUGGUUCCAUAACUCCACAAAAGCUAGCUGGUUUAAUAGAAGACAAAGAAGCUAGAAAAACAGUCUCUAAUGCAAUUAGAGGCUUGGCAUCCGGCGAGGCGGUCAGUAAGAAAAGAGGAAGAGACAGUGAUCUUCUAGAACCAUUACCAAACAAAAAGGGCGCCGAGGAUAAUCUACCUUUAGAUAUUGAUUUUCAUCCCAUAUUAGACGUUGAGGAACUCCUUCCAUUGACUUUAACAACCAAUCGAGCGCCAGUAUCUACAGCAUGGGCGUUCACCAUCUCACGUAAACUAGGGUUCGACGUUGCGGAAUCGUUAUCCAUAGCACAUGUCUAUGUACAUAUAUCCAGUCUGAAACAUGCCUUGAUGUUAGGGAACAUCUUAGGCGAAGAGGAGACUAGAGAAGCGAGAGAGGAAAUUGAAGAGUUACCGGGAGGCGAGAAAGAUUUACCGUCGAAGCUACGGAAGAAAGAGGUCAAAGGGAAAGGAAGAAAUAGGUUUGGUAGAAAAGAUGAUGAAAAAGUAGAAAUCAGAAGUCAUGGAAGUGCACAACCUUGGAUAGGGAUAAUGCGCGCCAAACCGAUAUUAGAAAGACCGGAUGGUACAAUAAGAGCUAUAGAGAAGGGCGUUCCUGUUGGACCGGGACAGGCCUACCUAUAUAUAACAAGAGCAUUUAAAGACUAUACUUCACACGUCAUGGGAGCCUUGAAACUCGUAGCGGACUCUUAUGAAGCUGAUGAGCUGAAUAGAAUGGCGAAUUUUAUGUAUAACGACUUCAAGCCUGACGUGGUGGAGUGGGGCCAAAAAGGGACACUUGAACUGGCAAGAGUUUUAGAGCAAGUCAAAUCACCAGUAGACAUUCCCAAGUUCGAUGAGAAUGAUGAGAACGACGAUGUCGAAAAUUAUCCAGUCAAAUCUGACCCAUCGGAUAUACCUUCUUCUCCCGGCGGACUAAAGAGUGAAUUGGCAUCAUCGCCGCCAUUCGAACAAGUGGAGGGAGAACAACCAAAUAAGAAAGUCAAAAGAGAGUUGACAGUAGAAGAGUAUGAAGCGUUAUUAGAUGCAGAUGGUCCUGGUGGAUUCAUGGAAGGCGGUGAUAUCUACGGAGCGGAACCCUGA